CCCACAAUGCCGCCGACCCAACCCGUCCCCAAACCAGUGGUGAUCAACUCAUCCCGCACCCGUCCGGUGCCAUAUUAUUAUGCGGAGAGCACUAGCGUACCAGGCGAAAGCAGCCAGGGCACCGACACCACCACCACCACCACCACCACCACGGCUAACGCACUAUCGAAUGCUCCCCACUCGCCCGAGCCGCACCACUGGAUGAAAAGUCGCUUUGUACCUCCCUCGCACUUCGAUCCCGAGGCAGACGAGCUGGAAAGUCUUAGCACGACGCAACCAGCUGUUCUCCGGGAAUACGACGCGGCUGGCAGCCUGUUGAUAGCAUAUGUUCGCACGGGAAUGGAGCACGGCGGUCUGCCCAACGGCGGUCCACCCGACGACCCUCACGGCUACGAAACCAGAGAGCGUGGGCACACCGUCGUGCAUAACCGAGGGCAACAGAGCAUCGACGGCACAUUCGUGGACCUCGGACCUGCGUUUGGAAAUGGACCUGCGCACUCUCCAGGCUGCAGACAGCAAUCGAGGCGGUCUCCCUACCAAAGCACAUGCUUCUGCAAGCCUCGUCUGGCGCCCAAGCCCAGUGAAACGAACUGAGGCGACACACAACCUAAGGUAUCAGCCAUGCAUUCAACGACGUCGUUAAACGCUCCCCUUCCCCCGAUUCGCUAGUUUACCGCCGCCCCCGCUGGCCCGACGUCCCUCCAUCCCUCCGUCCUGCCGUCCCGCCCUCCGUCCCUGAAUCUUCCGGCGCAAUUACUUUGCUCGGUUCUCUCCUUGGAAGCCCUCCAAGCAGCCUUUUCUUUGCUUUUUCCGGUGGCUUGUUGUUCUUGUAUAUCCGCUUUUGUACGAGGAGGCGUU